AUGCCGCCGAGAAUAUGGAUUCCAAAUCAAAAACAUGCAAGUAAAUUGGCCUCACAUCGGACAGAAGCUUUGAGCCUCUACCGGGAAAUUUUGAGAACUUCGAAGCACUUUCAUUGGUGUGACGAAAGUGGCAUUCCGUGGAAUUAUCGGUUAAGAAAGCAAGCUAGACAAGAGUUUGAAGCCGCUCGUGAGGAGACUGAUCCCCUCAUUCUGGCCCGCCUGCUUGUAACCGGGAGGGAUUGUGUACAGCAAAUACAGCAGCGAUUCAAUGCGGCAGAUCAGGCAGUUUGGGAUCGAAUAAAAAACGACUCAGACGCAAGAUAA